CGGAUUAUACCCUUAGAAAACAGACCACUCGCACAAACGAGGUCACAUGUUGCAUAGUUCUGGAAACGGAUUCGUGUCAAGCAGCAUGCGACUCCCAGACGCGUAAGAAGCCGAGAGUCAAUCAUCCUGCUCGAAAAGUCACAUCAUGCAAAACUCUCCGGUCAUAUGCAUGCACUAUAUAUGAUUAUUUCUUCACAGGCAUCGCUGUUCUAGAACUCAAUAUCAAAGAUCGAACAUCAUGUAGCUCCUACACUUACAUGAUGAUCUUAUCGGUUUCCGGGCGAAGCUUUUGACGCUGGAAUUGUUCCUUCUAUGAACGAAGGUGUACACAGUUCACUAGAAUAUUUGAGGUACAACAACCACACUCUGGAGAUCAGGUCAAAAAAAGUUUCCGCAAGCUUUAUAGGUUCUUUGUCCACCCAGUUUCCUCUGUACAACACGUCCGACCACAAAUGGUGAGAAAGAAUUCUAUGGAGCCCAGGGUUAUCUUUCGUUCACUCCGUGCUCGUUUUGUCAACCCAUGGCUUUGGCAGGUUGUUGUUGCACGUUAUGUAGUCCCAAGAAAUCGUUUCGUAACAAGCUACGGAAAGUGUGGACAAUCGGUAACCACUAUUUUCUUCUCAUCGGUGGUUGAGUACUUUUUGUCUGCGCAUCCAUCAUGCAUCUUUCUAUUUGCAUGGAGAGGGAUUUUGUCUUCCCCCGGAAAACAGUCGCUAAUUUUCAAAGGAAAGCAAAGACCAUGAAGUCAAGUUUAGACCGCAGUCUAGUUCUCGAAGUUUCAAUAAUACAGGCAUAGUACACUAGUUUGUGUCGAUGAGAUAUGGGAUGGACACAAUCGUGACGUCGCCCGGAGCUGUUUCGCUUCAAGAGAAUCUUAGCAGUGGAGCUGUUGGUGAUCACAACACUUCAAACUCGACCAGGGAGAGAAUGAAACCUCAAGCAAGUGCGCAAGAAUAGCUCCCGCAUAUGAAGAAAUAAAACUCGGUCCCAAACGCGGACUGUUCACAGGCAGCAUACCGGACUGGCCGAGGAGACGUGCCGACGAACUUUUUCAAGUCCUGCGCCUGAUGCCCGACGCUUUGCAAACCAACGCGGAACUCCUCAAGGCAGGAAAGACAGACAGGCCGUAUCCAGGCCCGGUAGGAUUUCCGUCUCAAAUCUCGAAACCAUUCAAGAGUCGAUGUCCCGGAGUCAUUAUCUUUUCGCGAGAAUGGAGCUGCACUGGGGAGCAUGCAAGAUUGUCAGGCGAGCACUUAUGAUCCGCGAUUCUAUCGCCCCGGUGUAAAGCUGUCUCGAGAAUAUGUCUGCCUAAUAAUGAUGCAAACAAGGAGAUGACCACGCUCGGCGAUCUUCGACGAAUCCCUCCCUCCGUCGACAUCGACUAAUGGAGUUCGAUCCACGUAAAGCCGGUCGAAAAUAGGAAGCGCCGGAUAUUUUAGAAAAUAAAGUCCCGACAUCUUGCUCUCGGAGGCAUAUGACCGGCUGGCUGGCUGGCUGGCUGGCGCGGGAGCAGAUCCUCGCCGGUCGGGUUCCUCUCUUUUACUUUAGAAAAGCCGGGCAGUUUUUAAUGAAAAGACGGGCGCUCUCGCAACGCGUGUCGAGCCCAGAAAGAGCGGUCCUGUCCUCAUUGGCCAGGUUAUCCACGGUUCUUAUACGACGAACCUGGAGGCUUUGGGUGCGCGCAUCCGCUUUUUAGCGAGUGGACAUCACUGCACUGGAACCAUCGCCCCGGGAUGGGAUAAAGCCUUUACCCGACGUGAACUCGAAGCCUCAGGAUACGGUAACAAGGCCGAACAUCCUCAAAACGUCCGCGGACCGAAGGUGUGCGAGCGGGCGGGCAGCUUCGAGACCCGGUACGGGCUGACCGACGGAAGGGAGGCCUCGAGUGCCGUCAUCUGCAU